AGCUCUUGGUGUAACACAUAUAUAUAAUUUUUGGGUUAUCUUGCGUACUGUUUACCAUUUGCUGCGUAAUUUUUUCCACAUUGUGUCGUACCCCUGAUUUUUUCUGCCUCGAGAACAACUCAGUCCUUUGUUAUUUUAAACAAAAAAAUCAUCAGACAAAUAAAUAAAAUUUGUUAUAUUCACACUCGGAAGAAGCCUAAAAAAGUCACGAUAAAUAUUAAUCGAGACAUUAAGAAACAAAAAUGAGUUCAACGGAGAACAUCAUUUCAUGGCUUAAUGUAACUGAAUGCAAAACACCUGAAGAGCGUAACAAACAUUUGGAAAAUUGUAACAAUAUUUUAAUCCACUCAGUGGGCUGCAGUGAAUCAAAUUGUCCAGUUGAUAAUUGCGGUUCAAUAAAAUCAUUAGUGGCCCACAGUAAACAAUGCGCUGUUCCAUUUUUUCGUCGAAUUUAUUUACACGAAUCUUGUCAGCUCUGUAAAAAUCUAUUUACUCUUCGUUUUUAUCAUGCUAAAGUAUGUGAUAAUUUAUCCAACUGCCGUGUCGACGGCUGCGGGAAAUUUAAAAAAUUAUCAAUAAAAUUAGACCCGAGGCGUAAAGGGCGAUUCCUUGGAAUAACAGAUGUUAAAAGUAAUGACAGUAAUUCGGAAUUAUCAGUAAGCGGUGGCCGAGUUGUAAAACGAACUGCCAAUUGUUUGCAACAAAAAUUAAGAGACGUUCAGCUGAUAAGGGGAUUUGCUUCUAUGAAUAUCGACAAGGAGUCUUCUGUUGGUGACUGCAAAGAUGACGAUCAUGAAGAAAUUAAAAUAAUAACUUACGUUAAUGGAGACGCUAAAGUUGUCAAGACCUACAAGGUACCAAAUUUUAAGAAGCUCAUGUUCCUCAAAAGACGCUCAAAAAUUCUUCGCAGUGGAGAUGCUGACAAGAAGAGUAAUCUCUUAGGAAAUCCGGUUUCUUAUUUUUCACAAAUAAAAAUAGACAAUGUCACUUCCAGUGGAUUGCAAGCCAGAAUGAUUGAGACUCAUGGCAGUUCUGCAUCAGCAAUUGUUGGUGACGUAAAACAAUUUAUGAGUAAAGAAGACGAAGUCCUUGAUGGAAUCGCUGCUAUGAAUAUCGACGACCCGAUUCCUUCGACUGAUGCUUGAGUUUGAAGGGUCACGACUGAAAAUUACAUUUAUUAUUUUAUUUUUACUUAAAACUGUUCAAUGCCUGAAGUAGUGGGUUGGGUAGCAGAAGAGUAAGCCUGGAUUUUAAUAAUUUAAUGAUUAGUUAAGGUUUUUUUUUACCGCUUUAUAAUUUAUCUAUAUAAAUUCCGUAGAACUUAAGGAGGGAAACGGGUCUGAAAUACCAAAAAAAGAAGAUAUUUUUGUGAUUUUUUUUUUUUUUUUCAGAGUAUCUUCGUUAUUAAAAUUCUCAAACUUUGUGACAUUAUUAAGCAUCAGUCCAAGAAUAUUCUGCUAAAUUUUCAUAAAAAAAUAUUUAAAAAUAAGCCAGUGGUAGUGGGGAGAGACGAGUCACCUCAAAAAAAGUCUCCAUACCGUAGGCAGGAUAACUCAUGACUGCCUCAUCUGAAAUCAAAACAUAAGUUCAUUUUGGAUUUGAACGAAGGAACAAACAGAAUAUUCAUUUUUGAAUUUUUGGUAAAGUUGCCAUAAAAAACUCUGGUUUUUACCAAAAAUUGCUCCUUUUAUUUAAUUAAAAAAUAAGUAGUCAUUGGAAAAAAAAAAUCUUUCGUUCAGAUCUCAGAUAAACUUAUAUACUAAAGAAAUCUUUUCGGUUUUUUUAUUUCAAAUGAUGCAGUCAUGAGUUAUCCUGCCCACAGCAUGGACACUUUUUAAGGUUACUCGUCUCUCCCCACUACCACUGGCUUAUUUUUCAAUAUUUUUUUAUGAAAAUUUAGCAGAAUAUUCUUGGACUGAUGCUUAAUAAUGUCACAAAUUUUUAAAAUUUUAAUAACGAAGAUACUCUAAAAAAAAAAUCACAAAAAUAUCUUCUUUUUUUUUAUCUCAGACCCGUUCCCCCCCUUAAAGGUUUAAUAUUUUUUUUUUAAUUAUUUGUCUCGCAAAUAUAUCCGAGGCAUUUUUUUUUAAGAUAAAGUUCAAUAAUUUUAAAGCAAUAAAUUAUAACUACUGACUAAUUUUAUAAAAUGAUAUUAAGUGAAAAUAAUUAUCGCAAUUACUUGAGCUAAAAUAGCCUUUAUAAUUAUUUUUAACAAAUAUUACUGAGCAAUUAAAGUAUUUACUGAUAGUCUGGUAGAAAUAAUUGAAGAUUAUAAUUACAUUUAAAUAGAUAGUCGUACUACUGCGUAUUUAAAUCAAUGCAAUUGUUGUUAAAGUACAAAUGGCAAUGAUUAUAAUAAUAGAUUUAUUUUAAAGGCGCUAACAAUUUUUCCUUGUUAUAGUAAUAGUUUAUAAUUAAAUAUAUAUGAAUAUGUAUAUCCAAUAUAAAUCUAUCUAUAUAACUAUGUAAAGAAUUAUCUUGAAUGAAUCUAAUAAAUUUUUAUAAUAUGAAUGGUAAUAAAAUAAAACUCAAU